CUGCGCCGUGGCUCCGGGACGGGCGAGUGUUAGUGUUAAUGUGAACGGGGCCGAGUCGACACCCGGCGUGAGGGUGAGGCCGCCGUGUUGAGCCUCUGCCUGGCGACGCGCGCUGACCCCCGCCACAGUGAUGCUGCAGCCCGCACGCCCCACACACCACCGCACCCAGGGCGUCUUCCGCCGCCGCUGAGUGUUCCGGCCGCGUCGGAGUGUAGGCGGCGAGUGCGUAUAGGGCAACAGCAGGCAGGCAGGCAGAAGGCAGGCCGCCCCGUGUGUGAUGGCCUGAGUUUUCCGCUCCGCACGAGUCGCCGCCACACGCUGCCACAAUGAUCAUUUGUUGUGCGGGCUGCGACAAACCCAUCAUGGACAAGUUCCUCCUGACGGUGCUGGAAAGGAACGUGGCACGCGGAAUGUGUUCGCUGCGUGGACUGCGGCUGUGCCCUCACCGACAAGUGCUUCAGCCGCGAAGGAAAACUUUUCUGCAGGAGCGACUUUUUCAGGUGAGCGGUCGUCAUUAACCUGUGUUGUCACGUCAUCACUGGCUCAGGCGGUUCGGGACCAAGUGUUCGGGGUGUCUGCAGGGCAUCUCGCCGCAGGACCUGGUGAGGAAGGCUCGUGACCGCGUCUUCCACCUCAAGUGCUUCACCUGCUGCGUCUGCCGAAAGCAGCUCUCCACCGGCGAGGAACUCUACGUCCUCGACGAGAACAAAUUCAUCUGCAAACAAGACUACAUGGGCGGGAAGGCCAUGACGGACUCCUUCGCCGGCGGGUCUGACGACGAGGAGGAAGAGUCGAUGGACGUGAAACCGCCAGUGGAAACCAACAACAACACCAGCACGCCCCCGGUGGGCGGACACGGACCUAUCUCGGCGCCCCCGCUCACGGCUAACCCCAGCGGUUUGGUCUCCUCGCCCUCAGGACCAAACACGCCCACAGGAGGUGCGGGGCUCUCUGUGGCCAUGAUGAGCGGCGGGCGGCCCAGCACGCCCACCAGAUCUCUUGGGGUGGUGCCGCCCACCAGCACCACGCCGCUACUGGAACCCAUGAGUGUGGGCGAGUCCAAGAUUAGCACGCCCUUCGCGGGUUUCAACGUGAGUAUGUGCGGGGUUAGCAUCUCCCGCGACACGCCGCCCACUGACAAGGACGGAGGUAACUUCCACGAUUCAGACGUGUCCGACACGGAAGGCAACAGCGAGGUGAAGGAGCAGGCGAGCAGCGCCGAGGCGAAGCUGGCAGACGACGAAAAGGGUGGAAACAAGAGACGAGGACCAAGAACGACCAUCAAAGCCAAGCAGCUGGAAAUUCUGAAGAACGCGUUCGCCUCCACACCCAAACCCACCAGACACAUCAGGGAGCAGCUGGCCAAGGAAACGGGCCUUCCAAUGCGCGUAAUACAGGUGUGGUUCCAAAACAAGAGAAGCAAGGAGCGGCGCAUGAAACAGCUUUCCUCCAUGGGCAUGCGGGCACACCUCUUCGGCAGUCCACGGAAGCUGCGCGGGAUGAGGAUGUCGCCUAGUAUGGAAGACGGCUUCCCUUAUUACGGUGACGCCUUCGGUUACGGUCCCCAGGGCUUCCAUGACUUCUUUCCCGGUCAGGGCCCUCCGCCGCCACCCGGCAUGAGUUUCCCGCAUGGCCUGCCCCCGUCCAUGGAACAGCCUCUGCCUCCAGGAGGUCCCAUGAGCGACUUCCCUGGACUGGGUGGGCUGGGGGCGCCGCCUGUCUCUGAAGGCGGCCACUUCAUGACACAGCCCCCGGACAUGCUCUCCUUAUCGCAGCGGUCGUCCCCCGAGGGCAUGAUCAUGGCGCACGGUGGUCAGUAGGCAGCCCGGGGCCAGGUCAGAGCGGCAACUUUGACCACCAGGUGAACGAGGGUCUGGUGUGGUGACAUGAAGCUGACCUCUGAUGACGUACCAGGCCCCUUGAGGUGCUCUCCAAGGACGUCGCCAGAGGAAUGUCUCCACUUCUCUCCUGUUACCUGCCAACGCCACCACCAUCAACGCCAUCUCAAGGCCAACGCGGCGGGCAGCCCUCGCCCCCGCCACCUACUCCACGCUGACCUCUUCUCUGCCCCGAGCUCUAAGUGUUCAAAAUAACCGCCUCAUGAGCUACCACGAGAAAGGGGAGAGUCACCCAUGGCUCCUGCACCAUCACACUGAAGCGGUGGUUUGCUCCAGCUGGCGCGCGUGGCUUCCUUGGUGCCCCGUGGUCAUUUCCACGCACGUGGCUUCAAGGGCGUUCUCGUAGCCACCACCCACACCCCGCACAUCUUGUUUCUCUCAUACUAAAACUCCACCUUCCUCGUGAAAGGAAAAUUGAAUGAGAAGAGAGCAAAAUCUUUGCCAAGUGAACUGGUUGAGCCAGUCUGCCCUGAUGACCACGGCUCUCUUACGUACAGUAUGUGAUCCAUGUGAGGGGAAUCCCACUCAGUCGUGAAAGGAUAGAGUGAUAUCCCCUGCAAUGGGUGGUAUGCGUGUUCAUAACGGACGAGGGGUUGUGUAAAUAUAUAUACUAAGUGUUGGAGUGUCGUCUGCACCGAAACGUUAAAGGAACCGAGGAAAGGAAAAUAUCAAUGAGCUACUUUACAGUUUCUUUGCUCGCCUGUCGGUGGGCUGAGUACACAUGGUGCAGUAAAAUGGUGCAGUAAAGAAAACUAAGUAAUGAAAAUCAUGUACUGAAAACAGUUAUAGACAAAGUACAGAAUAAAACCAAAAAGAAGCUACAGUUGAAGGCGCACAGUCGCCAGGCGCUGCUCGGACGUUUCUUGGUGAGCGCCUGAACGUGCGUCGUGUUGACGUGACUGAAUGAGUCACCAGGCGUCGUAGAGGCCAUCAUGUGUCUGUUCUAUGUUCCUAUGUCUAGGUGUAGCGUCGCUGGCUGAGGAACUGCGCACUCAAAUAUGUAGCUUCUGCUCCCCACUGUAAUAAAAUUACCACCGUGGGCGUCACCUGGCGCGGCCCUUCGAGAAGUGAUGGUGAGCUGCCCUAAGCUGGUGGCGUGGGUCUGGCGCCCGGUAACUUCCCCAGCCAGCUAUUUCCUUUGGAAAGCAGCUUCGGUUUUCAUAUCCUUAUUACUCGGGCCCACCUGUCCUUCCCUUCUUACGAAUCAUGCGAAAUGUCCCUAGAGAAGCUAUUUUGGUAAUCCACAGAUUUGCCCUUGAAAAACACUCUUGCCUGGUCUGACGGUGGGGUGGUGGCCAGUCCACCUUAACACAAGUGCGACUUCUGUCUUACACCUGACGUAGUAUUUCAAUUAGUUGUUACUGUACUGCACUGGAAAGUAAUUUUUUUCAGUACAUUGAAGUAAUAUACGUAGAUGCUAGCCUAUGUUAACAAAAAGUUUCAUGUAACGAACGAUUCGCUAACCAGUGGCACACUGUUAGGUCCGACCAUCCAAGAAAAUAAGGACCCGAUAUUCUAACAUUCUCCGCCUUAUUCACUUCGAAAAGAAAAAAAUAGCAAAACUUGGUGGACAGACUGUGUAGCAGAGUGAACUAUGGCUUGAAUAUUGGUCUUCUGAAUUGUGAGAAACGCCCCUGUGCUUGCUACAUUUCAUACGUGUCAUCGGAAAAAUUUAAAUGAUUCUGGGCGCUUUUUUAAAAGCGAUUUAAUUCACUUCAUGAUAGCAAAGGACGUGGGUAACAAUAAGUUAUUAUCAAUGGCAACGUGACUGUAAGAAAAUAGAAUAUGAGAACCAAAUGGAAGUCAGAAGAGUGAAUGCUUCAUUUGAUCAAAUUUUCCAUCAAUAUAGAUGUGCACCUGUGAUGCAGACCUGUAAAAAAUAUUGUGUUCGGCGAGAUGAACACCAUCGACGCCAUCUUGAGUCUCUUGUGUGGUAAAUCACUAAUCAAAAUACUCUCGAUAAUGAAAUCUGUGCGGUACAAUUUUUCGAACUUUCUACGUAGCCUUACUAACACGAACUAAAUUUCCAAUACAGGAGAAAUAUGGGAUCCCUUGUUCCCUUAAGGAUUAAUUAAUUGAUUGAUCUAUCCUAACCUAAUUGUAAUUUUGGAGCUCUACUCUUCCUUUCAUCCCCCAAAGUCUUUCUGCAUUCCCAUCAUAAUUCCUUGGUUAUGACACUCACAUACACGACAUUGUAGGACGCCCGCAGAACUUCUACAGUUCUCUGUUCUAAGUCAAAAUUACCAAUAAAGCAAAUUUAUAAGUAAUUAUUUCAAGAUGCAUCGAUGUUUCUAAAAGAUCAAUUAUUCCUGUUUUAAUAUUCUAAGAAAAAAAAUUUCUUUCUGUUUACUCUAUGAUUUCUUUUCCAAUACAAGUCUACAUGCAUAUACAAAUACUGAUUAUAAUGACUAACAUUCCUUGCUGAUAAAACAUGUUCAUUAAAUUCGGAGUUGUCAUUAGGUACGAUAACAAAGAGCCAUAGACAUUAGCAUUUUGCGUCUUUUCACGGGUAUGUUUCACAAAGCAUGGCGUUUAUGAGAAAACAACAGACUAUAUAACAACAAAACACGACUUAAAGAAACCAUGGAAACUUUAUCAAUAGUUGGUCUUUUCAGUAUUUUGAGACGUCUGCUUUAUUGUUUUUUUUAAUGUAUAGUGGGACAUCAAAGGAUAAAAGAAGCACUAGUACCGAGACAUGUGUCAAGAUGUAAGGAUUUUAAUUGGUGUUUACCAUACUACUGUGCCAUGGGAAGAUUUAUUUUAACAGCUUUCUCCGUGCAAUAAAAACCUUGAACACGAAUCAUAUUAUCCAGACUAGAAGUUAUCUUACAAACAUGCAUGAUACAAGAAUUACAGGCAUAAUUUGUUUCCCAAACCAUGUAUUGCGUCGUCGGUUAUUUAGGCAAGGCAAGUCAAGUGUUCAUCAAAUCAAAAUUUUGUCCAUAACAUAAUUCUCAUUUUCGAAAACAGUAGUUGAGAACGUUGCCGCUAAGUACAUGAAAUAUAUCAAACUAAACUUCCAGCAAAGCAUAACAAUAACAAAUGCAUUGCCAAGAUAUCUGAUUUCCGGUCUUCAGGUGGACAAUUUAUGAGUACCAGCCCUAGUGUUAAGGUGGACCUUCAGGGCUAUUCAAGGGGUGUAGAAGCACAGUCCCUCAUUCCUGUUCCAGACUCCUGCGUUCCUUGACCCACUUUUUGUCCUCCCCCAAAGAUGUGAAAGCAGAGUACAGGCUGAACGCCACUUAUGCCUCUCUGUAAUGUCAUCAAAGAGAGCAAUUAUGGAAGGGAUUUGUGUGUAUCACUUGUCAUCUUGGACACAUAAACACUAAAUCUUAAGCUGGAACACUGUUUAUUUAUUUAAAAGAAUUUGGUACAAGCAUUUGCCAGAGUGCAAGUUUAAGAUGAGUUGAUUAUUGUCUUGACCCAGGAGAAUGAUUAAUGAAGUUUUCCGUAUCUUUAUUUCCAGCCUUGAGUGAAGUUUAUUUGUCCAUUAAAUAUUUUGACAUGCAACCCUCAAUUUAUCCCCACCCCUCCCCUGCACUCUCCCUCCCCAAAACCCACGACCUGUGCACCUUUACAUAGCAUUAAUGAGAAAUAAUGAAUGUUUGAAGAUACCUGUAAUGAAUGAUGCCUCACUCCUCCCCAUUUCCCUCGCCUUCCCUUCCCUCAUUCCUUAUUCCCCAUCUCAUGUCAGUGUACUCUUCCAUAGAUGUUAUAAGUUUACUGUAAAUACUGUCUGUAUAUAUUUCUGUAUCAUCCACGUCUGAAUGUCAUAUAUUGUAUAUUUAAAUUAAUUAUUGUGACCAUCAAAAUAAAAUGUUGGAGAAUGA